AUGGCGGAAGAGCAGGAUGGUGCGUCGAGCAAGGGAUGGGGCUGGUUACGGCAGGUUCAGAGCACGACGCAGCAGUUGGGGCAGAUCUGCACGGAGGGAGUCGGAGAGGCGAAGAGGAGGCUGGAAGAGAACCGCCCCGGCAUCGACCAGUUCGUGAAGAACAUCGGAGACAACAUGCAGCAGGGCGUCAAGAAAGUGCAAGAGAACCUCGUUCGAGACCCUUGGUCCUCCCCUCCCACCGCCGCCGAGCUGGCGUCCCUAGACCUCGUCUACGUCAACGACCGCGUCAUCGCCAUGGGCUUUCCGGUAGACAAGCGACCCCCCUCCGCCGCGCCCGGUGUGGAAGGUCCAUCUCCUCCUCCCCGAGCGAGUGCAACGACGAGGGCGGGAAACGACAUCGAUCUCGUGGCGGCGCUGUUGAGGAGCCGCCACGCGGGGCACUACAUGGUCUGGAACGUGUCGGAAGAGGGCUACGAUUACUCGUUGUUCCAGGACCAGGUGUUGGAGUUUCGAUUCCCGGGACACCCCGCCCCCCCCCUGGGGAUGCUCUUCAAGAUGUGCACCUCUAUUGAGAGCUGGCUCUUGGCGGACCCUAAGAACGUGGCUGCGGUGCACUGCCUCACGGGCCGCGGGCGGACCAGCACGGUCCUGGCGUGCUACUUGGCUUGGGUCGGCGAGGUUUCCGCACCGUCGGAGGCGUUGGAGCACGUCGCCUCUUGCAAGGGCGUUGCGAUGGAACGGCUCACGAUCCCCAGCCAGCGCCGCUACCUCUCUUACUUCUCCAGCGUCAUGGAGGGGGUCAGGCCGCGCUCCGAGCCGUUGCUCCUGCGGCGCGUGAUUAUGAACACCAUCCCUACUUUCGGGACGAAAAACGGAGGCGUUAUCGGGCCGGGGAAGGGGGCGGCGGCGAAGGCGGAAGAGGAGGCGGUGGCGGCGGGCGGGGAGGGGGAGGACGGGGCGCUUGGGUGCUGCCCGUACAUCCAGGUGUUCAAGGGAGGGGCGCUCAUCUUCACGGCCACGUACCGCCCCUCCGAGGGCCUGGCGAAUACUAGCAGCGGGGCCCCCGGCGCGGCGGGAGACGGGGAAGACGCGUCGGCCGGGGAGGGGGAACGGCUCCCGUGGGCGUACACGAGCGACGACAGCAUCUCGUUUCCGGUGGACUGUGUGUUGCAAGGAGAUCUGCUGGUCCGCUGUCGUCACGUAAGCCCCACCGGCCGACGGGUUUCGAUGUUUAGGGCGGCGUUUCACACGGGGUACGUGCCCUGCGGGGUGCUGAGACUCACCAAGCAGCAGCUCGACGGGGCCUGCGCCGAUGACCGAUUUCACCAGGACUUCUUCCUGGACCUCAUUUUCGCCCCUGUAGAGGCCACGCCAAGUUCCUCCGCUUCGAAAGCCGAAACGAAACCGGAACCCGAGGGUGACACCGUCGACGCGUUGGAACCGACACCGGAAGGCGAGGCUGCCACGGCGGCGGCUGGGGAAGGAGAAGAAAACGCCACCACUGGAAAACCGGAGGGGGCGGCGGCGAACGAGACGGAGAACAGCGCUGUUGCGAGAAGGGAAGGCGGCCUUGUCGUGGAUGCCGAUGCUGGAGAAGCGUUUGACUCCAUGCUGAACAGAGACGCCAGAUUUUGGGGAGAGAUCGCCGCAAGAAAGGAACGGAGAGCCGUUCUCCUCAAGGAGCGCGAAGAGGCGCGCGCGCGAGGAGAGGCGCCGGAGAGUGCCAUCGACACCGCGAGGGCAAAGGCCAUCAAGCAGAAGGAGGCGGCCGCGGCGGCGGGGGCGGCGGGGCUGCGUUUCAGCAUCGACGAAGAUGAGGCUUUGCAGGCCGGGAGGAACCGCUGGGGCGCGAGUUCGGCCGCAUCGACCGGCGGCGGCGGCACCGACACCGCCGCUAACGCCUCCGCCGCCCCCUCCUCCUCGAAACCUGCGGGCGGCAUCACCGACGACGACCUCCUGGCACAGUUGGCCGAGGCCGAGAUGGAGCAGGACGAGUUUCCGGCGGGCGGCCUUGGGGGCGGGGAUGGUGCCGUCGGCGUCCCCGGGUCAGUGUUGACCUCCCCUGGUGUGACGCCCCCGGCGCCCCCCGUAGCGGCCUCCUCCGGGGUUUCCAGUUCCGGAGAGAGUGGCAAGGGCGCGAGUAGCGGCAGCGAGGGGGCUGGGGCGGUAGAGGCGGUGGGAGCGGAGAGGAACAAGGAGAACAGCGCAUCGCAACAAGACGACGGAGUUUUGGACUUCGAUGAUCCGGAGUUUGACACUUUGGAUGCGGCAGGGGCGGCAACGCAGGGAGGAACGGGAACGGCGGCUUCAGAGGGGAUGGGUGGAGCGGCACCGGCCGGUGGUGCUACCGCUGCCAGUAAAUCAGCCGGAGAGACACUGGGGGACGAGUUAAGCCAGCUGGAGGAGUUAGAGAGGGAGCUCGGGAUUAUGGGGGUGGUGGGUGAUUCUGCGGGGGGCGGUGGUGGUGGCGGUGGUGGCAACAAGGCGGCGCCGGAAGGGGGGGCGGAGGUUGGCAAGAGCGACGACGGCUUUGACAUCGACAACUUGGAUGAGUUGGAGGGUUAUUUGGAGAGCUUGGCGAAGUGA